AGUUGAGUCGAGCUUAGCUAGCUUAUUACUUAGCGCUUUAGCCCGCCGUACGGCAGUACGUGCACGUAUAUAUAGGAACAAAUAGAUACGUAUGUUGACCUGUGCUUCUGGAGCCUGAGACAGUUGGAGCCUUCGUCAAAGUAACACAAAUUCUCCACAUUUGCUCACAUAAAUUCAUAAAGAAAAUGAAUAAUUUGCUAACCAGAGGAGCCAUUGCGGCCAUUUUCGAAGGACAAACUAUCAAAUACCCUGUGCUACAGCUUUUGGCUUGUAAGAAGAUGAACACAGCUUCCAGUCAUUCCAGUGGUAAAACUAAUGAUCGUUAUCGUCUUAUGCUCUCAGAUGGAGAGCAUACAUGCACAGCCAUGUUGAAUACACAGCUCAACGAGAUGGUUUCAACAGGAAAGCUUGAUGUCCAAGCUGCUAUGAAAGUCAAUGAUUACACCUGCAGUAAAAUUCUUAAUAAUGAUAGGCGAGUCAUUGUGGUCUUGGAUCUGGAAAUUGUGAAGAAAGGAAGCGAAAUUGGUAUGACGAUCGGAACCCCUUCACCGUGGAGAACUCCAGGACAGGGAGCAGGACCUGGACCAGUUCAGCAGCAGUCCAGACCUACCAGCUAUGGAACAACAGGAGCCGCUCCAUCUAGCUCAAGACCUAAUGGUACCAAACAACAAGGUUCAUUCUAUGGCCAGUCAAACCAGGCUGUGGGGAGUAACAUUUCACCAAAGAAGGUCCAUCCAAUCUCUAGUCUUACCCCGUACCAAAACAGAUGGACUAUUAAGGUACGUGUGACCAACAAGUCCAAGAUCCGCACCUGGAGCAACGCCCGUGGUGAGGGGAAGCUCUUCUCCAUGGAUCUCUCGGAUCAGUCAGGCGAAAUCCGCUGCACUGCCUUCAAAGAUACGGUGGAUAAAUAUUACGACAUGAUAGAGAUUGGAAAGAUUUACUAUGUAUCUCGAGGCACUCUGAAGCCGGCUAAUCGACAGUACACAUCCAUCAACAAUGACUAUGAGCUCACAUUCAACAAUGAUACGAUGGUAGAGCCUUGCGUCGAGGAAGACGUGUCCAUUCCAGCUGUUCAGUUUGACUUCAAGAGUAUCGCCCAUCUUGAGGACACGGCUGAAGACUCCAUGAUAGACGUGAUUGGCGUGUGCAAGAGUACAAGUGACCUGGCUUCAGUGACCAUCAAGUCAUCUAAUCGAGAGGUCAAUAAGAGGUCAAUCCAGCUGGUUGAUGAUUCUCAGAAAGAAGUUUCUCUUACUCUAUGGGGCAAAGAGGCUGAGGAGUUUGAUGGCUCAGGAAACCCUGUCAUUGCAGUAAAGGGAGCUCGUCUGUCUGGAUUUGGAGGAAGAUCGUUGUCUGUCCUACAAUCAAGUAUCUUCCAGGUCAACCCAGACAUCCCUAAAGCACAUCACCUCAAAGGAUGGUUUGACAGCGAGGGUCAUUCCCAGGAUUCCCAGUCCAUCUCUAGUAAGAUGGGAGGAGGCGGAGGAUCAAACACCAACUGGUUGAACUUCCAUGAUGUUCAUGCUCAGAACCUAGGCCAGGGUGAAAAGCCGGAUUAUUUCACAGUAAAAGGAACAAUACUCUUUGUUCGGAAGGAGAACUGUAUGUACAUGGCCUGUCCUUCAGCCGAGUGUAACAAGAAGGUAUCAGAGAAUGGAGAUGGAUCGUACAGGUGUGAGAAGUGUGCCAAAGACUACGAAGGAUUCAAAUACAGACUUCUCCUCUCUGCUAAUGUUGCUGACGCCACAGACAACCAAUGGAUUACAUGCUUUCAAGAGACAGCAGAACAGCUUCUUAAUAAACAAGCCCAGGAACUAGGAAGCCUCAAAGACCAGGGUGAAGCAACUGAAAGGGAAUAUAAUCAGGUCUUCCAGGAUGCUUGCUUCAAUGAUUACAUGUUUAAAAUGAGGAUCAAGAUGGAAACAUACAAUGAGGAGGCUCGUCUGAAAUGCACCUGUGUGAACGCUCAACCCAUCAAUGUCAGAGAUUACACCAAGAAAUUGAUCAACGACAUCAGACUCAUGGCCUCUGCUUAGUGGGACAACAGGGGGCGCUGCAGUAUUCUAUCUUCCGAUAAUGUACAGAGAUCAUGAGAGUAUAAAUAUAAGUCUGUGAUUGAAAAUUUUGGAAGAGAGAUAUCCCGAUGGAUACCCCUAAUGAAUUCAACUUUCAAAGCUCAACAAUAUACCAAUUUCUUUUCAGUUGCUAUGUCAAUGGGAUAAUAUGUACCAAAUGACUGUUGCCACAUGAUUUGUACCAUACUUGGAAAGUUUUCCAACCUAACAUGAUGAUUACAAUAAAUUUCAAAGUUAUUAAGGUCUUCAUCUUUUUAUUAGAGCUUGAUCAAAACAUUUGUCCAUUGUAUGUUUGAUGAAGAGUCUAGCCAGUCUGAACUCGUGCUUACUUGUCACCGUGUUCCAAAAUCUGUGCUUUUAACUAUUGUGUACCAAUUUUGAUACAAUUUUGGCAGUAAAUGUUUUGCUUACGAGUUUAUGUCAUAUGCAAAGAAUUAAAAUCAGGGGGUGUUUAUCAAAGAUUUAAAUAUGACUUAAAUCAUACCUAAAUGCUGACGUGCACAUUGACUGAUAUGUGGUAGUGCGCAUCCCGUGCGCAUAAUCUGACCAAUGUGGUGGUGUCUUCUAUACUGUACGCAACUGGAAUUUUAAGUGCGAUUUAAGUCGGACUUAGAUAUUAGCGAAACAAAUCCCUGGACUUGUUGGGUGUGUUUCCUUACAUCAAGCUGUCCUGAUAGGAACUUACACCAGGUAAACAAUAUUUUUUCAUGCUUUGGCUCCUGUAAUUAAUCUCUUUUUACACCAUGAGAGGACUUAAGCUCACUUAAAGAUUCAUGUUCAUUACAAAUAAGGCGUAAUAAUUGGAUGUUGGAAAACAAUUUCAAAGAUACUAUCAUCAUGUAAGUGAAUUAAAAGAAAAAUAGUCGGAGUACAGUGCAACCAUUUGGAGGGUUUGACAUUGAUAGACAUUGAAUAAUGAAAAGGUUAAAAUUAAGAUAGCAUUAAAUUAAAUAUUGACCUAGUCCAGAGCCCCAAGAAACUUGUAUGAAUACUAACUUGAGAUUGAAAACACUGAAACACUUUAAAGAUUCAAAGUAUAACUGAAAAGCUAUUUUAAUGCAAUGAAAAAUGGCAACAGCAAAGUCAUUCCAGCAUGUAGUAUUUGAUUGGAAUCUAGUGUACAGUCGAUAUCAAUAAUCCAUUAUAUGGGCUUUACGAUGAAAGAUAAAAUGAAUGUUUCAUGUGAUAUCAUACGUAGAUAGAAUUGAUAGGAAAGCUUGUGCCUUUCCAGCUAUCAUAUUUCGCUGCCAUCAUAGAGAAAACUAAAAAGGAACAAAAAAAUAAGAAAAUGCAUAUUAUGAGGAUAAGUAUUUUCAUGUACAGAUGUAGAUUACGAAUGUUUUCUUUUUUUGUUAUAUUUAUAUAGCAUGGUAUAGAUUAUGGGGGAGAAUAUGAAAAGGCAAAGCUAUGUGUUUUCUACAAAAUAUUGAAAUAUAGCAAAGACAGUCUUUAGUUCUGGGCCCCACAACACAAAAAUGUUGGAAUGGAGUGCAAAAAUGCAAGAACACUUCUGAUUGAUUCCUAGUCAGUGUUUUGAACAAAUUGGUCAUGUUACAAUGAUAUUGAUUGGUCAAUACCAUUGAGUUGUGAUUACAAACUUUACGUAAUGGGGCCGUUGUUGUAUCUUUAACUUAUAUCUCUUCCAUACUCCUGAAGUAGUGUUUUUUUUUUUUUUAGAUGUAUUAAAAAUGUAUGUCCUGUAUAAAGAUUUUUCUCCUGAAAUUAACUAUUUUCUGCUGGGCAUUGUAAUCCGAGCUGUACGAGGGGUUUGAGGUUUGAGCCCUGGUUAACGUCUUUUGGAGGGCAAUGUUAAAGAUCAGUCCCAGAUGUAAAUGAUCAUAUCUGAAUGUUACAUGUCAUGAUGUGUGAAUUGGUUAAAGGACAUAUAUAUAUUACAGUCUGUUAAUGGUUAAAACUGAUAUGAAGUAUAUCACUCUCUGAUAUUUGAGUAUGAUAUUUCAUCAGCAUGAAACUCUCUUUUGAGGCAGACCGUAGAAAAUAAUGUGUCACUAAAAUCCUCUUUCCAUUUAAAUUGUGCAAAAUAUAUCAGGACAAAAUGUGUCAAUUUUGCAAGUCUGUUCUCAUCUUUAUGUUGUCAGUAUCUUGUUCAAUGGUAAAGAAAAAUCACUAAAAUCCACAAAUUGGCAACAUUGGUUUGUGGGCAGUUCCAUCCUUUUUGUACACUUAUCACCAACCUAAGUAAAUCCAGUGUUGGAUAAACGACAAAAAAUAACCCCAUUCUCAAAUACCAUAAAUCUAUAGUGCAUCUUGUUUACGCAAAAUACUUAUACUCGUUAUCUAACUUCUGUCUAAAAAUUACCUCGGAAGUUAUGUCAUAUUCAUGUAAUUCACAUUUAUGAAUGUGUUGUUGCGAUGAAGUGCACUUGAAUGUAUUUAGAAUAUGUGAUAAGCAAGGGCAUCAUGCUCUAUUCUAAAUGCUUGCAUCAUCACUUGCACCACAAAUUGGCACAUGAAUUUGUCAUGGAAAGUGUUUGAAUUCUUCAAAAUUUUCUGGGAUCACAUGGAUGAAGAGGUCACAUCUUUUUUCUAUUAUGACAUCUCACCUCCUGAGCAAAUCAAAAUAUUGGCCACAGUUUUUUCUUCGAAAGAAAGCAUAUUUCAGAUGGCUGUACACUAAAUGCCAGUGCUUUAUUUUUUAAAUAAAGCACUAAGCUUUCUUAGCAUGAACAAUAACUUGCAUAUGCACUGGCUGUUGGCUACAUCCUUGAACUGUUUCAUAACAAGUUAUGAAUACAUUCCAUCAAAAUGAUUUUGAUUUAACAUGAUGUACUCAAGUGUAAUGGUAUUAUUGGGAGGGGGGGGGGUAUUUUUUGUUGUUUCUGUUGUAAUAAUCAUACAUUUAACGAGACAUGUCUGGUCAAAAACACAUUGCGCAUUACAUGAGAUGAUGAAAUAUAACUUGUGAUAUACUCAUUAUCUGCAUUACUUUCUUAUGUGAAUAAAAUGUUUUGAAGAAAACAGUGAAAAACAA